AUGUAUAUUCGUAAUGCAAUCGCCACACUCAAACUGAUACUAAUUAGUCAUGUAUUGAUAUCCGAACUAAAGAUAUUGGAAAAUUACAAAACCAUUAACUUUCUGAAAGCCGAAACAGCGGUAAACAACUUCUAUGUCCGUUCAUAUCGCAUGGAUAUUCGUCGUGAUCAACGUAUAGCGGAUAUUUUCGUCGAAGUCAUUCGUCAACUGCCAACAAAUCUAACAUUGCUAGUAACAUUGAAAUUGAAAACUACGGGAAAAGAUCCCCAACAACGAUCACCGACAAUGUUUCAGGCAGAAUUCAAAGUUUGUGAUUUUCUUACCAAGAAGAAUGCCCGGCUAUCGGGAUUUCUAUUGCCAUUUCUAAGGAAAUCCAUUGCCAAAAGUCAAUUUCCCAAAGGCUGUCCAAUACAAGCAGGAAAUUACACAUGGAUUGGUCUUAACUUAGAAGAACUCAAAAUACCGAAAUUUUUACCCAGUAGCCAAUAUGAUGUUACCGUGCUUACUUUUACACCGAAGAAAAUGAGCAAGGAUCUUUUGUGUAAUUUACAUUUGUUGACAGAAGUUAAAUGA